AUGCUGCGGCUAUUCAAGCUGCCCGGCGGCCUGGCAGCUGCGUUGCUGGCAGCUAUCUGUUUGAACGCCGGCAACGCAUCUGCAGGUCCAUCGGUCAGCGUAGACAUGAAGGCGGCCUUCUCUGCGCCUCCAUAUUUGCUUGAACUCCUUGAAACUGCUGCUCAAGAGAAUGCAACAGCCUACUUUCCCCUACUCGACCGAAUCGCGGGCGGCCACUUUGCAGACGCCACAACAGACAAGCUUCUUUACGAGAAGUUUCUAGAGACUCUUCAGAAUGAUGGCCAUAUAUCUAGUGCUGAGGCACUGUCGACCUUCAAGCUGGCCCUGUCCAUGCGGUCGGCCGCACCAAGGAUAGAAGCCCAUUACCAAUAUUAUGACACGGGUGUUGCACCGACUCUGGAGGCUCUAGACUCCAACUGCAAAGACUGGGUUCUGAUGGAGGGCAAGCAAUAUUGCUCCGCCGACCUAUCUGAGGUGAAAUCAUCUGUAGAGAGCGGGUCUCAGGGCAGGAUUUUACCCUUCGAUCGCAAACUGGGCAGAGGGCCUGAGGCUGUUCUCUAUGCUGAUAUCACGAAACCUGAGUUUGGUGCAUUUCACACGGCCCUUUCCGAGAUGGCACGAAAGGGCAAGGUUUCAUAUCAACUAAGAUACCGCCCAGAGCGGAGGGAACUCUUGGAGAAACUUCCGGUCAGUGGAUAUGGAGUAGAACUUCAACUUAAGCGGACUGACUAUAUCGUCAUUGACGACCGAGAGGCUGAGGCAAAGGAAGAAUCAACCGAGACCGCCAAUCUGAAAGUCAACUUGGAUGCUGAGGAGGAGGUGACCGAUCUGAAGCCGCUCUCGAGCUCGGAAUUAUCUGCACUGGGCGUCAAGGCAGCAUCUUUCAUCAUGCAGAGUGAUGACCCUUUCAAUUCCCUCUUGAAGUUGACGCAGGACUUUCCAAAGUACUCCGCAUCUUUUGCAGCGCAUAAUGAAUCGGAAGAUUUCCUGCGAGAGCAUUAUUUCAACCGAGGCCAAAUGGUGCCGCAGGGCAUGAAUGUUUUGUGGAUGAACGGUGUCCAGCUAAUUGAAAGACAAAUUGACCCGUACACCCUGGUUGAUCUACUUCGCCGGGAACGCAAGCUUAUCAAGGGCGUCACAGAUCUUGGUUUAACCGGAAAGCAAGCGGUCUCUCUUUUGGGAAACAGAGAGGUAACUAUUGCAAAGUCCAACGACGAGGUUGGUCGCUUUGAUUGGAGAGACGAGAUCGAAAGUGGCCGCGUCAUUCUCUGGCUCAACAAUAUUGAGAAGGAUAAACGGUACGCCGAAUAUCCAACCAGUCUCAUGUCGCUUAUGCAAAGAACGUAUCCAGGUCAAAUCCCGCCCAUCAGAAAAGAUCUUUUCAACCUGAUCGUACCAGUUGACUUUACGGACCCUGAUGACCUCUCGUUGGUCGUCGAGCAGCUAAGGGCUUUCAUCACAAGGCUGUUGCCAAUUCGAUUCGGCCUAGUACCCUUGACAUCUAGUCCUGAAGCCGAACAGCAAGCCAAAGUGGUCUAUUAUCUGAUCGAAAACUAUGGCCUCGCUUCACUUAUGGUUUAUUUGGAAGCAUGCAACACUGGAAAGCAGGUGACCAAAGUGGAUCAAUCUAAGUUUGAAAAAGCUAUCAAGGAUCGGGCCCCCAGAGAGGAAGCUCAGCCUUUACCCUACGCAGAGAUUUUCGAUUCCGAAUACUAUGCUCAGCAGAUUGAGCAUGCCCAACAUUGGGUCUCUCGUCUGAAUGCCGGCACACCUGUUCCUCCCAUCUUUCUCAAUGGUCAAGCCAUCUCCAGAGAAAAGAACUGGCUUCAGGAGAUGAGCAUCAAGCUCGGCCAAGAUCUUCAGCUGAUUCAGCAAGGUAUCUACAUGGGCCAGAUUGAUGAGGACAUGUGGAUUCCAAACAUUUUCUUGGAAGGUGCACCUGCUCGUCGCAACGUAUACAUCUUUCCCAGCAAAGAGAAUCAGCUUACCGUCCUGGAUGUCAACAAGGUCUAUACUGAGCAUGAUGACUUGUUCAGUAUUGUGCCAGUCAUUGAGGCUAGCCCAGACUCAAGCAAGGAGACGUGGGCAGCGCUCUCGGUUAUUGCCGACUUGACCAGCGAGGCAGGAUUGAAACUCCUCCUUUCUGCUCUGGACUUUCGCCGCAACAACCCAGGCGUGCGUCUAGAUAUUGUCCACAACCCACUAAACUCAGAGGAUGGUGAUAGGGUCAAUACGGCCAUCAAGGAUAACAUCGAGCAGCUCUUGGGAGCAGAUACUUUGGAAACUCUUAGGUUGCUUGUGGCUCACGACGAAAGCAGGACCACGCUCGAGUCGUCCUUCGACAUAGCCCUGUCACAAUUCUUGGGUGCUGCAAACCUGCCACCUUCCACUCAGAUAUUGCUGCUCAACGGCCGAGUUAUUGGUCCCAUUGCUAAUGAUGUCGAAUGGACUGAGGAUGACUUCCAACAACUCAUGGACUUCGAGCAGACAAGUCGCAUUCUCCCUGUAUACCAAGCGAUUGAGGCUCUCAACCUGACAGAAAACGUCUCUGGGCCUCUUGCAGCAGCCAAAUUGACCUCCAUCACUGCUCUGUCCACUAUCUCGGAUCUCCCCGAGGGAAUAUUCGAAUCUGCCCCAACAUUAAGAACGACAAUCUUUGAUACUUGGGAGUCGGCCCAGACGAUGAUAUCCGUAGGCGAUGAGUCGACGGCCAGCAUUCAUUUUGUUGCGGUCCUGAAUCCAGCAAGCGAACAAGGUCAGAAAUGGGCUCCAAUUCUCAAGGUUCUCUCUGAGCUCGACGGCGUGUACCUGCGAAUUUUCCUCAACCCGAGAGAGAGAAUAGAUGAGCUCCCGGUAAAACGUUUCUACAGAUAUGUUCUUGGUUCGUCGCCCUCUUUCGAUGCAGCAGGCAAGGUUCAGUCUCUUGGUGCUAGCUUCAAGGGCAUUCCAUCCGAGGCACUCCUGAAUUUGGGCAUGGACGUACAACCGGCCUGGCUUGUUGCCGCUAAAGACUCUAUUCACGAUCUCGACAAUUUGAAGCUCGGCUCAAUCAAUACAGACGUCGAGGCCACCUAUGAACUCGAGAAUGUCUUGAUUGAAGGUCACUCCCGAGACUCUACGGGAAGCCCUCCUCGAGGUGUUCAGCUCCAGCUGGGGACCGAGUCUGACCCACACUUUGCAGACACCAUCAUUAUGGCCAACCUUGGAUACUUCCAGUUCAAGGCAAACCCGGGUUAUUAUAACAUUCAACUCAAGGAAGGACGCAGCUCAGACAUCUUUACUAUUAUCAGCGUUGGUGCUCACGGCUACAAUGCCGCCAGUGGUGACGAAGGUACCGAGGUUGUCCUUAUGGACUUUCAAGGAACAACUCUCUACCCCCGCCUUGCACGACAGCCCGGACAGGAGCUGGAGGAUGUUUUGGAGGAGAGUGGAUCCAGCGGCAGCGACCUACUCUCCCGAGGUCUCAAAUUUGCGGAGGGUAUCCUUGGGGGCUCCAAGAGCAAGAGCAAGUCUGUAUCCGAUACCGAGCAUGCCGAGAUCAACAUCUUCUCCGUCGCGAGUGGCCACCUCUAUGAGCGCAUGCUCAACAUCAUGAUGGUAUCCGUCAUGAAGAACACCAAACACACCGUCAAAUUUUGGUUUAUCGAGCAAUUUCUUUCGCCUUCGUUCAAGGAAUUCAUUCCACAUCUUGCGAAAGAAUACGGUUUCAAGUACGAGAUGGUAACCUACAAGUGGCCACACUGGCUUCGCCAGCAGAAGGAGAAACAGCGCGAAAUCUGGGGCUACAAGAUUCUGUUCCUGGAUGUUCUUUUCCCACUAUCACUUGACAAGGUCAUCUUUGUUGAUGCCGACCAAAUUGUACGCACCGAUAUGAUUGACCUGGUCAACCUUGACCUGGAGGGCGCUCCCUAUGGUUUCACUCCAAUGUGCGACUCUCGUACAGAGAUGGAAGGCUUCCGCUUCUGGAAGCAAGGAUAUUGGGCCAACUAUCUGCGUGGCCUCCCUUACCAUAUCUCGGCGCUUUACGUGGUGGACCUUCGCCGAUUCAGGGAGCUUGCUGCUGGUGACCGGCUGAGGCAGCAAUACCACACACUCUCGGCUGAUCCAGCCAGCUUGAGUAACUUGGACCAGGACCUGCCGAACCACAUGCAGUUCCAUAUUCCCAUUCACAGUCUGCCGCAAGAAUGGCUUUGGUGCGAAACAUGGUGCUCAGACGAGAGCCAAAAGGAGGCUCGUACAAUUGAUCUGUGCAACAACCCACAGACAAAGGAACCGAAGCUAGACAGAGCAAGAAGACAAGUACCUGAAUGGACUGUCUAUGAUGAUGAAAUUGCAGCAGUGGCAAAGAGGGUCAAGACUCAUGUUUUGACAGGAGACGAACAACAGAAGGUGCUUGGAGGCGACAAGGUAGAAGUUGAGAAGAACAUCAAGAGCCGUCGCUUUGAGGAAGAGCCCGAGGUCAAGACUCGAGUUCUGGAAGACGAUGGACAUGUCAAGGACGAAUUGUAG